CUCCGAAAAGAAAAUUCUAAUAACCCGCUAAAAUGAUUAUCUCUAAGUAAAAAUCCGCCAAAAUUUUUUUUUCAAUAUUCAGAGUAACCUGUUCACUCAAAGUUCUAGUUCGUUUUAACAACACAAUCAACAUGAAUCUUAAUGAUCUUCCUGAUAUUUGUUUGAUGACAAUAUUUGAUAAGUUCGAUGAGCUCGAAGAUCUUAUAUCUUCAUCUGCAGUUUGUUCAAAAUGGCGGAAAUUGGUUCAGAUUCGAUAUGAGAAAAUCACAGCGUUAACAUUUGUGUCAAGAAGGAAGAUAUUACCUCCGCCUCACAAUAUCUACACCAAGAGUUAUCUAUUCAUAGAGAAUAUCAAUGUGGCCGAAGUAUUUCCGAACCUCGAGCUAUUGGAAGUUCUUUAUAUUCCUUCUACUCCUCCAACAUGUCCAUGCAGAGUUAUAGCAAAUGUAUUGUCUACUGGGAAUCCACUGCGAGGUUUAUCAACUCGACUUGAAUGCAAAAGUGAAGUAGAAAGUGUUGAUGAUCGUGAAUGUGACGUUGACCUUGACCAACAAAUAGUUAAACACUGUGGUAAUCUUACUCGACUAUUGGUGAAUGAUUCUGGAUUCUUGAAUCUCUUUUUCAAUAAAUACAAAUUCGGUGAAAAGUUGAAAAUGUUUGGUGGAUUUUGUGGAUCUAAAAUAGGUACUUUCAUCACUUAUGCUAAUCGAAUGCCGAAUCUUAAAAAGCUCUUUGCAAAUGAUCUUAAAGGUAAUUUUCACUUUUAA